AUGGCUGAAUCCGCUUCUCCUCCUCGCUCUCUGCCCUCUUCUCCAUCCUUCCACGGCCGAUCCUCAUCGCGGCCCUCGCUCUCCAUCGACCUAUCCAACAUCCCCGCGCUGUCGCAGCCCACACCACCAUCAAACACCCUUUUGAUCACCGAUCUAAACGAUCUCGUUCUCUUCCAGCCGUCCUCUCUAGAUGCGAUUCGCACCCAGAUCACCGUGAUCGCACGCCUAAACUCCUUCUCGCCGCUUCCCUCCUUCCGGCGCAUCGUCUGCUCAUUCCAUUCCGAUGCCGACGCCGUCGCCGUCCGCAAGCAUCUAGAAAACACCAGAUUCCUAACCCGCAACGUGCGACCCCGGAUCUACUUUGGCGAGCCCACACCCGUCCUCAGCGAGGAAGAAAUGCGCCGUCCAAAGCGCCUCCUCGAAGCCCCGCAACUCGACAAGCUCUUCUUCAUCUCCCCGCCACCCAGUCCUCCCCACGGUUGGACUAUGCGCAAUGAGGACCCGCCCAACAAGGAAGUUCACGCUAGUGAUCUGGCCACCGCUCUUGCUAUGCUCAAGACUGAUCACGUCGAGCCUGCGCCCGUUGACCCUGCUACGCCCGUUUCUAUCUCCGAUAACCGUACCGGCAGCUGGCCGCUUGCGGGCUCCCAGCAACGCUCCCGCAGCAGCACCAUCCUUUUCAACCCUGAAGACCACGGCCACAGCCCUAAUCUGCCGGCUGUGAUGGUUGAGGAUGUCAGUUUACCGGAUGUCGAGGAUGAGGAUGUUGAGGAUGUUGAUGUCGAUAUGGAUCUGGACUUAAGUCCCGUUGAGAUGUCGCUGAAGAAGAUGCCGCCUAAGACGGCGCGGCCUCCAGUUGAGCUGAUGGAUUAA